CACAAAUAGAGUGUAAACAACGGAGAAAAUCUUCUCUAAUUUUCUCCAAUUUCUCGGGAAAAGCUGUGAAAAGACAUGGCAAAUCGCACGGUGAAAGAUGCCAAGAAUGUUCACGGCACAAAUCCGCAGUAUUUGGUGGAAAAAAUCAUCCGUUCGCGCAUCUAUGACUCGAAAUACUGGAAAGAGCAGUGUUUUGCUCUCACUGCUGAAUUGCUCGUGGACAAGGCAAUGGAGCUGCGAUUCUUGGGCGGGGUGUAUGGCGGCAACAUUAAACCCACGCCGUUUCUCUGUCUGAUCCUGAAGAUGCUGCAAAUCCAACCCGAGAAGGACAUCAUUGUGGAGUUCAUCAAGAACGAGGAGUUCAAGUACGUGCGGGCACUCGGAGCCUUCUAUCUGCGCCUCACGGGCACUGCCAUCGAUUGCUACAAGUAUCUGGAGCCUCUGUACAAUGACAACCGGAAGCUGCGCCGCCAAAAUCGCCAGUCCAACUUUGAGAUCGUGCAUGUGGACGAGUUCAUUGACGAACUGCUGCGCAGCGAUCGAGUAUGCGACAUUAUCCUGCCGCGCAUCCAGAAGCGCUACAUUCUGGAGGAGAAUAACGAGCUGGAGCCCAAGGUGUCGGCGUUGGACGAUGAUUUGGACGAGGACAUGCCCAGUGACGAGGAGACGUUCCCGGAGAAGAGCGCCGCCGCGCGCAAGUCGAACUCCGACCGGCUCAAGAGGCGAUCGCGCAGCCGGUCGCACUCGCGCGAGCGCAAGGACAGGCGUCCGGAGCGCAAGCGGGACGAGAAGCCCCUGGAAAGGGACCGCGACAGAGGACGGCGCGAGAAGGACUUGCGGGAGCGCGAGAGAGACCGCAGGAUGCGCUACGACCGCCAGGAGGACUUCGAGCGCGAUCGUCGCAGAGAUUACUACAAAGAGAGGGAUCAAAGGGAUCAGAGAGACCAGAGAGACCGGCGAAGGUACUAAACAACUAAAAAAUUGUGCUCUUCUCAUCUUUCACUCACCACGCUUCAGACAAAUCGGAAAUAAAAG